GUUUUAGUGAGGCGGAUUACGUAAUCUUCUGGCCAGCCCAUUUUUUUUCCUUCUUUGGCCCAAAUGGAGACAACGGCGCUGCGAGGAGAAACAAGAAAAAAAACACAUGGAAAGUUGUAACCUGAACAACACCACAGACAUUAUUAGGGAACACAGCACUGCCAUUCACCAACGAAAGGAUUCAAGGAGCUGAGAUCUAAACCUGAUAUCUUUCGACAGAACCAUCGUAUUACUCGGAGUACUUUGAUUGUUACGUACUGGCUGUCUUUUUCUGUUGUUGUUGGAGCACCCCUUACCCUUCUUAAAGGAGAAAAAAAUACACACAUCCAUACACACAAGGUUUCAGAUUGGUAUUUCAGAGGAAGCGCCAUGAGCCGUGAUUCUCAAGCACAACUUGCACCUAUCAUAACGUCGAGUGCUGAAGACCAAGCCACCGGCGCGGUCUACCAGGUGAUCAAGGAUUUCAGCGCGCGUUUAGCGGAUGAGCUGAGCUUACGCGUGGGAGACAAGGUGGAGGUGAUAUCUGAUGAUAAGGAAUAUAACGAUGGCUGGUACAUGGGUAAAUCGCUGUCCACGGGCGCUGUCGGGCUGUAUCCGAAGAGCUUCACGCAGAUUGUUCCCAGUCUAUCUCGGCCUUCGCUGCUGAGAUCCCGUUCCAGAAGACUGGCCAGUCCCGUGUCAUCACAACAGUCCCCAGUGGCGCCAUCAAAGAACGUCUUGGGCACUCCUACUGCACAGAAGAAUGGCCGCUUAGAGGAUUUCGAUCUUCAUGAUUCGCCAACUGCGGCAGCAGGAAACACUGUUUCCAAUGCCUUAUCGGAUAUAGAUAAGGCACUCGAAGAACUGAGAACAGAGGCUGGAAACUCGGAGGACAAGCGUACAAGUUUCAGCACAGAAUCAAAGGAAACGCUCAAUCCCGAAUCAGUGGAAUCAUGGACACCUGAGCAGGUUGCGUCAUACUUUAGAUACUUGGGGUUUGAGGACACAGCUACGCAGUUUGCCAAACACAAGAUCACAGGUGCAAUCCUUCUUGAACUGGAACUGGCGUAUUUGAAAGAGUUGGAUAUCUCUUCCUUUGGUACCAGAUUUGAAAUCUUCAAAGAGAUUGAGGCGCUGAAGGAAUUGUCAAAGCAAAAGAAGUACGACGAUGCCAAAUCUCUCCAAGCUGCACCAGACUUGUACAGAGGAUCGUUAAACAUCGAGGAUACUCGUCCAUUGGGUCACAUGCGAAAGAAGUCAAGGUCAUUAGACGAUAUUCCCGAACUAAGGCAAUCUCAUUCUCUGGACCCAACUGUCUCACAGAUUCUUAGACCAGCUUCACAGAAAAACCCACCUCGAGCUCAGGUGCCUGAUGUGCCAACGUCACCCUUACAAGACCAAUUUCUCUCACCGAGAAGAGCUCCACAACCACCAUCGUUCCCGUCUCCGUUCAGGGAACAAAAGAGUGUGGCACAAUCUUCUCCUAUUCCUAAUAAGAGGGCGUCAACCAUGGAGGGACAUUCCAGAAAACCUUCGUAUGACAUCUCACCAAACUUCCAGACCACCUCGCACUCAAGAAACGGUAGCCGUAACCUAAAGAGUGCAUCUGUUGCUGAUUUAUCGCAUCGGGAUCGUCCAGCCUCGAGCAUCUACAUGGAUCCUCAUUCGAGACAGUCGAGCGUGAAUAUCAGAGGUCACUCUAGAAACUCUUCAGAGGGAAGUGUGUUGAGAGCAGAGAAGGAUGGUCAAGCGACACAUCAUCGCCGUAACUCAUCGCUGUUUUCAUUUUUAUCACCCUCCAAGGAGAAAUCUCGUCGUAACUCUGUGAUACACGUUGAUAGUCCAACCAAGGCGAAGACUUUGGUUGCACAAGACCAACAGACACCAACAAAGGGCAAGAGCGAUGGAACCAGGUCAGUCAGUGCCAAAGAACGUGAAGCGACUCCAGGAAGCCCUAGUGAGCCGGCAAAGAGGUCUGUAUCCGAGGCUGUUAGGGCCAAGACCCUGCGUCAUAUUACCACUGCAAAGAAGAGUACGAAGAAGACGACAUCUGCGUUCAUGGAGGGAAUCAAGGAUAUCACUCCAGAGGAGAGUAUGCUUACAGCAACGUGCUCCGGAUGGAUGUCCAAAAGAGGUGGUAUUGCCGUUGGUGUUUGGAAACAGCGUUUCUUUGUACUCCACGGCACUAGACUAUCGUAUUUUACAUCACUGGAAGACACCAGGGAACGUGGGCUGAUUGACAUCACGUCUCACAAAGUUUUGCCAGCGAAGGAUGACGACAAGCUAGUCUCUCUGUAUGCAGCAAGUACCGGCCACGGUAAAUUCUGCUUCAAAUUGGUUCCACCAGCUCCGGGCACCAGAAAGGGACUGACCUUUACACAACCAAAAGUUCAUUAUUUCGCCGUUGACACCAAGGAUGAAAUGAGAUCGUGGAUGGCUGCAUUGAUCAAAGCCACCAUCGACAUUGACGAAUCCGUCCCGGUGUUGAGUUCCUGUGCCACGCCAACGGUUUCACUUCAAAAGGCACAGUCUCUUUUGGCACAGGCACGUGAAAACGUCAAGAAGAGAGACGACUUGUUAAAGAGCCGUGACAAUGAGCAGCAGUCUGGAACCUCCAGCGGGACCCCAGAUUCCUACUCAUUUGAUUCAAACGUUGCUGCGCAACAAUCCCCAAAUACAACUGCAACCACAUCUGAGAUGACCCCAGUGGUUGGUUACGGAUCCAGCGGCUUUGCCUCGCCAUACGACAUUGCAGCACACCAGGCUACAAAGAACUCACCGGUGUCAUCACCUACAACGUCGACGCAAAGCGCUGCGGACUCAGAAUUUAAGAGCACACCUUACAGCGGAGGGCCCAUGCGCAACCCUUCGCAGAAAGUGAUAAGCGCAUCACAAGCAGCUGCGCAGGCGGCGCUGGGGAAGAGUAACAGCACGAGCAGCUAUGGAGGGAAGAUCUGAUACAUUUUAACGGGCUCGAUGCGACUCCAGGCCCUACGGACACUACUGCUUGCUAUUUCUUCUUCAACUGCCAUAGAACUGUGUGUGUUUAUCUACUUUCCACCUUCUUUUCGUUUACGCGACCCAUACAGCGCUGAUAUCUCUGCGCUGACAUCUCUGUGGGCCUGUCUCUGCUCAACGGUGCUACUCGACAAGGAGGAAAACAGCCAUGAGUAUGAAUCCAUAUACAUUCACUCACUAACUAAUACUACUUUUUCUAAUAAUAAUUGAACGUCACCGGGUUACACCGUCCUUUGCCCAUGUAAAGUUAACGUGCGACAGCUCGAUUAUGCAACCGGUUGUUUUGCCCCAAG